CGGCCGCUGAGGCAGCGGCAGCUCGUGGAAGGCACUGUCUAACAGUAAAAACUGGUGGAAAUUCGACUGGCAGUGAGCAGCAGCGGGAGGAUUAAAAUUCGGGAGAAAGAGGCACUGUCCUGUUUCUGGGAGACUGACUUUAGAAAGGAUUAGAUUUCCAGAUGCUGCCAGACCUUCUGCGUUUCUCCAUCAACUUCUGUUUUUGUUCAUUUUAAUGGUCACUUCUUUGACUAGCUAAAGAUGGGAAGUGGUGUUCUACAAGAAUUUGUGUAAAGAUGAAAACAGUAAUUGCUGGAAAUACUCAAGUCAGGUCCCUGAAUUAAUCUCAAUGUAUCCUGCGUCUUUACAAUGUUCAAAAAUAUAUUAUUUUGCAAUCUUACUGCAGAAUGCAUACUUCCGUAAAGUUCUUUUUAGGAGAUAUCUUCAGGGUUGAAGAGCCCUUCAUUUGCUGGUUACAGUUGAAGAGUCUGGGGCCACUAUUACAGAUAUCAUAAGACGUUUUGUGAUCUGAAGUCACUUUGAUCUUCCUCAGGAACAAGAAAAAGCAAUGAGGAAAGAACUCGGAAUAUAGUCAGUAUUCCUGAAGCUCUCGUGCUUAGGGAGACUGCAUCUUGGACACUAAUUGAAUUUUAAACUAAAAGAGGAAUUGGCAUCCUUCUGGAGCCUACAGUGGAUAUGUUGAUUUGAUGUCAUAUGAUGCAACUGAAUGGAUGCAAAUGAUAUUUUUGUUAGCCUGCGUGACCACCCUUCUUAUAUCCGAUACAGAAUGGAAGCUUCCUGCUUGGAAUUGGCCUUAGAAGGUGAACGACUCUGUAAAACAGGAGACUGUCGAGCCGGGGUAUCAUUUUUUGAAGCUGCAGUUCAGGUUGGAACAGAGGACCUGAAAAUCCUCAGUGCCAUCUACAGUCAGCUUGGAAAUGCUUACUUUUAUUUGCAUGAUUAUUCCAGAGCACUGGAAUACCACCAUCAUGACUUGACUCUCGCAAGAACAAUUGGUGAUCGACUGGGAGAAGCUAAAGCCAGUGGUAAUCUUGGCAAUACUUUCAAGGUUUUACGACAUUUUGAUGAAGCAAUUGUUUGCUGUCAAAGACAUCUAGACCUUUCCCGAGAACUCUGUGAUAAGGUAGGUGAAGCAAGAGCACUUUACAACCUUGGUAAUGCAUACCAUGCUAAAGGAAAAAGUCUGGCUUGCGCAGAGACUCAGAAUCCAGGUGACUUUCCAGAAGAGGUGAUUGUGGUUUUACAAAAAGCUUCAGACUACUAUGAGGCAAAUUUAGCAAUUGUUAAGGAACUGGGAGACCGAGCAGCUCAGGGACGUGCCUAUGGAAAUCUAGGAAAUACACAUUAUCUUUUGGGGAACUUCAGAAAAGCAGUGGAAUCCCACAAAGAGCGCUUAGAAAUUGCAAAGGAGUUCGGAGACAAAUCAGCUGAAAGGAGAGCGAGUAGCAAUCUGGGAAAUGCCUUUGUGUUUCUUGGUGAAUUUGAAAUAGCAGCUGAAUAUUACAAGAGAACAUUACUUCUUGCUCGACAGCUAAAGGACAGGGCUGUUGAAGCACAAGCUUGUUACAGCCUUGGAAACACUUAUACUCUUCUUCAAGACUACAAAAAGGCCACUGAAUAUCACUUAAAACAUCUUAUUAUAGCACAAGAACUUGCAGAUAGGGUUGGUGAAGGGAGAGCUUGUUGGAGUUUAGGAAAUGCUUAUACUGCAUUAGGAGAUCAUGAGCAAGCUGUACAUUUUGCUGAGAAGCACUUUGAAAUUUCAAAAGAGGUAGGGGAUAGAAGUGGUGAACUUGCAGCUCGGAUGAAUCUUUCAGAUCUUCAGAUGGUUUUGGGCAUUAGUUAUAGUGCAAACAACUCCAUCUUGGCCACAGGCCACAAACUGGAAUCCAACUCUCAAGGUGCUCGACCAAGCUUAGGCCGCCGACGAAGUAUGGAAAAAAUGGAACUAAUGAAGCUAACACCAGAUAAGGUUCAAAACUGGAAUAGUGAAAUUCUUGUGAAACAGAAACCUGCACUUUGGAAGCCGUCAACUAAGUUACUGUUUCUAAAUCGAUUCAGGGGCAAAAAGCAUAAAAGUAACAGUUCAUCUGCUAAAGUUCUUAAGGACAUAAAUGAUGCUAGAGUUCAUGUUCCUCAAAAGAGAAUCAAUCCCAGUAUGGUAGGAGAUGAAGGAUUUUUUGACUUACUGAGCCGAUUUCAGAGCAAUCGGAUGGAUGAUCAACGAUGCUCAUUCACAAACAGUCAGAAAGGGUUGAUAAGUAACACACCAGCCUCAUCGACCCCACCUAAAAUAUUUGGUACCUCACCUCAGACAGGUGAGUUUUUGGAUCUGCUUGCAAGCUCCCAGAGCCGUCGACUAGAUGAUCAACGUGCAAGCACUGGCAAUCUUCCAGGUUUACGGCUAGACCAACAUAAUAGUCACUCUGUACUUAGUCACCUGAUCACCAGUGCAGACAGCAAGGAGCCAGAUGAUUCUUUCUUUGACAUGCUGGUAAAAUGUCAGGGCACGAGACUAGAUGACCAGAGAUGUGCACCACCACAGACUGUACAUAAAUGUAUUACUGUUCCUGAUGAAGAUUUCUUCAGUCUAAUCCUGCGAUCUCAGGCCAAGCGCAUGAAUGAACAACGUGUGGCACUUCCCUCAAAUGUGGAAGAACAAAAGAGGGAGCUCUCACAAUGAUCUAAAUAUAUAUGCUUGCUUACACAUAAUUAAGAAGCUAAUUAUUCUCGGAAAAUUGAAGUUGAUGUCUUGGAUUUGGUAAAACUCACCCUGCACUUUGGAAUAAUGGCAGUCUUGCAUUAAGUUUCUGCCCACAAAUGGAUGUGGCUCUUAAGUUUUUUUUUAAAUCCCCUUUCAUUGUUCAGUUCUAAAUUUUCAAAGGAAUUUGAAUAAUUUGAGUAGGUAUUAAAACUAAACCAAUGGUUGUCAAUUCCUGUAUAAACUGGUCAAAAAAUACAUAAGUAAUCCCAUUUUUUUCUUUUAUAAAAUUGAAAGCAUUCUUUUAUCAUCAAUCCAAUGAUGAGUAUAACAGGAUCAUCCAGUAUUUUAAAAAUGGAGAUCAAAAAUAUUAAUAUUGGUUACAUUCAUUUUUUAGAUUAUUUAGAUUUCUCUUAGUAUAAUGUUGCAACCUUUUUUUUGAAAGAAAGCAAUCUAAAAGAGGAGUAUUACCUAUUUUACGAUUUCAUUUUGAACUGAUUUUCAACAUUUAAUUACUACAGGAAAUCAUCGUUAUUUAUAAGUUAUCUGAUGUACAAAUACAUGUGUAGUCUUAAUGUAUUCUACUGCCAAUCCUGUGCUGACUUUUAUUUUCUCGCAGUUUAGAAAUUUUCUUAAACUGUAUGAUUUCUGGAUUUAAAAAAAAAAAAUCUGCUGCUGUAAGAAAUGCUUUUAGUUCUUUAUUGCAAAUCCAGUACUCAGCAUUUAUAUUUUGAUUUUUCUUUUGUUUUUGUGGUUGGUGUCAGUCUUGAAUUUUCACAUUGGGUUUAAAACCUCCAAAUCUAUCCCUUUUCAGGUCAUUCAUUCUAUGUUUGCUUUCAGUCAGGUAAAAAGAUUUUGUUUAAACAUAAGUAUUGUUCAAAGUUGUACAAAAACAACAAUUCUGGACUUUGUACCAGGACAGGUGUUGUUUUUUUUUCAAAUUGAAAUCUCAGGAUAAAAGCUAUGAGGCAUAUUUAAGAAUUUUUUUUUUUUUUUUUCUAGUGUCUCUAAGCAAAUAGAGUUGGUGAUGUUUCCUAACACUAUGCAUUUUGUAAAUCUUCAUUUUUUUUUUUAAACAAUAAUGAUAGGAUAGAGGGGAAUGAACAAGCUUGCAAAUAUUGAGUCAAUAUUUGGUUUUGUGUUUUUUUUUUUUGUUUUUUUUUUGGGAGAAAUAAUCCCAGGCAGCUCAGUUUCAAAAUUUGUGCUCCCAAAGCAAAAGGAGCAGUGUGUUGUAUUUAGUCAAUACAAAAUGCUGACUAUUGGCAAAAUAUAGUACUUCAUUACUUUUUGAUAUUUUUUUUUGGGUAGGCAAGGACUACAAGUUCGUUUUCCCUCGGAGUAUUGAUCACUUGGCUUUCAGUUCAACUACUGAAAUGUUGGUUGUAUGAUUUAUUUUGCAAUGAUGUAGUGUAUUUUGGAAUCAUGACUUCACUAACGUAUUUUUGUUGUAGGUGUAACAUUAAAGUAUGCUGCCUUCAAAUCAGAAUUCUAA